GAAUUCUUAGCAGAAAUCACUUAGCUUUGUCUUCGUUGGAAUUCAAUCCUAGGUUCUCUUAGUUUUACUCCAACGGUCCGACUCUUCGGGUAUUAGACCAUCUAAUGUUGGGGUUUUAUUCAUUACACGAGUUUUAUCUUCUUUAUAUCAUUCCAAUUAUAUUGGAUGUCCCCUAAAGGAUUAUUCCUUGCACGAUUGAAUGUAGCUAGGAUAAUUAGUGUUGUUGAUACUUGGCUUGGAGCCUGAACUUGAUGACAGUAAAAAAGUGAGGGAAAAGAGAUGAAAAUGAAAUUCGUUAUCUAAGUUAUGCCAAAGUAUUAAAGUUAAAAACUUGGAAAUCACAAAGAAUCCACCUUUUUAACGCGCGAGUCACAUUAGCAAUGAUUUCCCUCCUUUUGUUUUCUCCCUGGUAACCAGAAAUGGGAAUUCUGCAACUGCAAUCAACUUGUAUUUAGUUCCUUUUUUGUAACAUAUGAUCCGAAACCGCGAUAAAGGAAAAACAACGAGCAAGCCUUAUACCGAUGUAAUUUUAAUUAAUCAUUUUUUUGCACGGAUUGCCCUUCAAAGGCGUUGGCCUUUAAUUUUUGUCCCUCAAAUUGCUGGUCUUUAAUUUUUAUCCUUCGCUUAAAAAAGUGGCCGAAAUUAUCCCGAGGUUCUGGGUUCGAACACCCACUCAGUAAAGAAAAAUAAAUAAAUUCGCAAGGCAGAUUUCGUAGCAAAGUAGAUCUAUUCAGGCAAAAGUCUGCCUUAAUGCAGCAUUUGCCUUUAAGGCAAAAGUAUGUCUUAAGACAGAGGUUUGAAGCAAAAGUCUGUCUUAUGGCAUUUUUUUCUCAUAUAACUAAUUUCAACUUGUUUAUGAUUGAGACAUAGUUAUUUAGUUAUUGUUACUCGUAUAUUUUCUUUAGGCAUGUAUACGUGCACAAAAACACAGUUUUGUGGAGCCUGGACAGUGCAGAUUCAGGAGUUGAAGUUAUGUGUUCUUAGCUUCUACCCUUUGAAGUCAGUGGGUUCUAAAUUUAUGCGUAUUAGAUAAAUUUUAAAAAUAAAUUCAAGGUUUGAGACAAAAUUAAUGCGCACCCAAAAUGGUAGAGACGAAGCUAGAGUUUGAAGCUUAUAAGUUCGGGAUUCUAGUGUUUUAAAGUCACUGAUUUCUAUAUUAAUAAUUUGUACAUAUUCAAUAGGGUGUAUGUAGCAUUAAAAGGUGGGGGUUCAAUUGAACCCAUAACUUUUGACGUGGAGCAUAAAUUUAUGUAUAAAAAUAUAUUAAAAUUUCAAUAAAUAGAGGAUAUGAAUCCAUUACCUUCAAAAUACAAUGUGUUCAACUAAGAAUCUUAAAAGGCUGAACCCAUAAAGUUUAAAUCCUGAAUUCGCUUCUGUUCAGUGGUUUAACACAAAAAUGGGGUUUUGGUUAUAUCUACUAGAUUUAGCUAAACCCGUGAGCGAAGCGCCAACUCCGCCCAUCCUGUGGGGUCAUUUUCAAAUGAACCUUUACAAAAUAUUGAGUGCGAAUACAAGAGCGUGUGGGACAGGAAACAGCUAAAGGUUUCAGCAGAAGACAAAACUUGUUACUAAAGAAUUACCACAUGCAAAAAAAAAGAGAAAAAUGACAAAACGAUUAGGCUAAAGUACAAAAUCCAGACCACUAAAGUAGGAAUAAGGCUCUACCUUACAUUCCAAUUGAUCAAAUAAUUUCCCAACCAAAAAAGAAAACAAGAAACAGACAGAAUCUGAAAAAUAAAAAUAAAAAAGCAAAGGCAAGGAACCUUUUCAAGUAUAAAAUGAAUUGACUGAUGGUGCAUUUUAUAGUAGUACUAUGAUAUAUCAAGAUGAAUAAUAGCUAUAAAGAUUUGAAUAAUCUGAGUGAGAGGGCAGGGAUUUUACAUGAUGAGAUUAAUGAUAGAAUCCAUUGUGAAGAAAUUAAUUUUUGUAGACAUUGUGCUGAGCAUGGUCGUUUAUGUGGAAUUGCAGACCUCACAAUGGAAGAUAAGGAGAAAUUGAUUGCAAUUAGAGACUCACUGAAGGAUGUUCAGAACAUGCUCCAGUUCUACCAGACAUUAGUCUCUCGGCAGCAGAGACAUAACAAGGGAGCACUUGUGCGUUUGGAAGCAAGCAGAAUGCUAUUGAUAAAAAAACUAAAUAACUACCCAACAUGGGGAAAGAAAUCAGCUGUGAUUGAGGAAAUAAAAGAAUAUUUUGGCCAAGGAAAAGUUGCAUUAUUUUCUGAGAAUUUGGUAGAAACAGAACAGAAACAGAUUGAAGAUGAGAAAGAAAAGAAGAAGAAUUUCUUGAUCAUUUGCAUAAGAGGUUUAUUUAAUCCAUGGAAUUGGUAUCGUACUACAAGAAUUGCUGCCUUAGCAUUGAUUGUUAAUUUUUACAGGAAUAGGCUGCACAAUAAGAACAAGAUGGCUGUUCCAAGAUUGAAGAUUGGCUAUUCAGAUAGCCAACUGGCUGUUUCAUAUGGAAAGGGAUAAUAGUUUUUUUUUUUUUUUGUGUGUAAGUCAUAUGGAAAAGAUUUAGGUUGAAUACCUAGUCGAUCGGGUUGGCUAAAUAGAUAUUGAAAUAUUGUUAGAUAAUGUACACACGAGGCAUAUGGAUAUAUACCUAGACAAAUAGAGCACAUAAUUCAUUAUAGAUGUGAUAGAUAUCCUUGAAUAAGAUAUAGUCAGAAUACAGAUUAUAAUAUGAUUUCUAUACAACAAUAUCAGAUGUAGUUUCUGAAACAAUUUCAGCUAUCAGUAUAAAAGAAAGAUUUAUUUUCA